AUGAACAACCUUUCCUUACCAUCAGACACAGACAGCGAGGGGAAGCCACCUGGAUGGCGGCAUUGGUGGGAUAGAGCUGCCAUGUUGAACAGCUCUAGCUCCCUGCUGAUGGACGGCGAGGAGGAGGAGGAGGAGGGGGACGCCGUCGCCGAUGACGGCCAGGAUGAGGAGGAAGCCAUCGUCGAGAACGGCGAGGAGGAGGAGGAGGAUUCAGAUGCGAGGUGGACGUGGCUAGAGGCGGAGGAGGCGGCUGAGGAGGCAGCGGCGGCAAGGAAGGAGGCAAGGGCCCGGGUGAGGUCGCAGGUGCAACGUUCGUUCACGGACGACGACGAAGACCCCGAUAACCACUCGUCGGAGGGGGACUCAAGCUCGCCGGCCGCGUCGGCCGCCAAUGCCUCUUCGCAUGAGGUGACGAGCAGGAGGCGCGUCCGUGAGGAUAACGAGGCGGGGCCUUCUAACAAGAAAGCCAAUAAUUAG